GAGCAGCGGUAUGGCAAAAAUAACAGUACUUUAGGACUGAACCAUUCACUUUAAAAGGAGGGGAUGCAAUCUUAGAGCACGGAUUAAUGUGAAGUGAAAACAACGCCAAUGCCUUCACACGGCUGAGUAAAUGAAACAGGAAUAAUGAAUCGUAUAAAUAACGAUAAGUCAUCAACGAGUGCUCUUUGUAUAUAUUAAUGCGCAUUGUUUGGUCCCCCGAUGUUACACAGGAGUGGUUCGGUCCACUAGUAUUGAAGGGAAAGCUGGAAACGGUUUGUUUUCAAAGAGGAGGAGAAGGAGCUGAUCUCACCGCCGCAGCAACAAACUGUUGAAACGGUUGAACAUUUGUUUAGUAUCUGGUUGGUUUCUUCGGUUUCUCUCCGCUCGCCAUGGCUCUCUGCGGGGGUGUCGGAGCCAUGGCUUUACCCAGCGAGCUCAUCGUCCACAUAUUCUCUUUUCUGUCCGACCGAGACAAGCUCCGGGCCUCGGCCGUGUGUGCUCGGUGGAGGGAGUGUCUGUUCUACCCGGCGCUGUGGACCGAGCUCAAACUGCGGAUAGGUGGAGGCUGUAACGGCGGUGGGUCCUCCGGCUCCGAGGACGCCUCCAGACUGGAGUUCCUCAUGCGGAAGUUCGGUUCCUUCGUGCGAGAGCUGCAGCUAGAACUCGCACCAGUGGAAGGCUACCUUAGCCCUUUAAAUAACGAGUCUUCCAGGAUGGACCAGCCUCCCGGACCCGAGAACGACCCGCAGCUUUCCGAGCGAUGGAGAGACGCCAUGGCGAACUACUUGGACCAGGUGUUAUGUGUGGUCACCAGCACCCGCAACAACAGAAACCUGCAGAAGCUGAGCCUCUACGGGGACACCUGUAUUCUCCAGCAAGAGGGACUGUUAGACAGCUCUAACCUGCACCAGAUUCACCAAGGGGACAAAAAGAUUAACGAAAUCCAGCAGUUGUUCAUGGAGAUGUUAUCCAACAGCAGGCAGCUGCGGUGGUUGUCUUGCAGCUUCAUGCUUGGUCUGGUGACUCCCUGCUCCUUAGCCUGCCUGUCAAAUCCGUCAGCUGAGACCCUGAAGCACCUUAGUUUACUGGACCACCAGCUGGGCCCCCUCAUCUCACCCUCAGAGCUGGAUCGUCUCUCUAAUCUUCAUUCUCUGGCUCUGGAUUUCUCUGAUUUGACGUCUGAGCUUUGUGGUCUGCUGGCAUCUCCACGCCGAACACCUCUACAUCGCCUCUCCCUGCUGCUCAACGGUGCCGCCCUGGAGUUCAAACCAUUAGAGGGGACCGCUACGGAGGAUGAUUGGAAGGCACUGAUCCGGGUGAGUGCCAACCUGCGAGUGUACUUGAUGGCCCUGGAGGUUGAUAGCUCAGAGCUCCUCAGGGUCCUAAAGCCCAGCCUUCCACUGGAGCGUCUCCAUCUCGACAGUUACAGCACACUGGUGUCAGACGCUACACUGGAGCUCAUCUCUCAGCAGUACAACAAAACGCUGACUCACUUCAUACUCCUGAGGGAUGACCCCGACUUCCCUGACCUCAGUGUGAAUCGGAACGAAGAUCCGUUGGUGCUCCUGGCAUGGAGAUGUACUCAGCUGGCUGUGCUGGUGAUACACGGUUACACUGUGUGGUCCCAUAACUUGGUGGCCAUCUCCCGUCUGCGAGGUUCCAGUCUCCGUGUCCUCACUGUCUCUGAGGAGAGCAUCGACUUCGAUCCGGACCAGUCAGUGUGUAUGGAGGGCGACCCAGUCCACAACCUUGUCAAGGAGGUGUCUCUCGGGCUGGGACGUGUCUGGCACCCUUGCCUGGAUUCCAGCCUGGUUUUAUCUGAACCAACCCAGCACUUCCAUCGCGAGCUGCAGGCCUUCAGCAUGGGCAUGUAGACAGGGAUGGCGCAUCCAAUGCAUCUCUGCUUCAAGUGUGUCAAGACCAGGCCAGAUCAACCAUGUCCAGGUCAGCUCAGAAACAAGACCAAAAGCAUUAGUGAGAAACCUGAACUGGAUCUUACAACAAUCCAUGAAUUACAUUUCCGUGAACUGACGUGAGCUUAGUGUUUUUAUUUUAAUUUAACUCUGUCUGUGUUUUUCUCACAGGGGUUUUAGCACACAAUCAAGUCCAACCACUCAAAAUGAUUCCCUUUCUUUGCUUUGCCUUUUGAUUCGCUAGUCAGCCAUAUUUAACCUUUUAUGUUUCGAGUAUUCAAUUAUAACUUGAUAUGCUAGUGAAAAUGGUGAAACUUCUAUAGUUCUAAGUCAAACCCAUCUGUGAUAACUGACCACAGAAAACACUUUGGUCAUGGCCCUUUUAAUUAUGUCUGCUUAAAUGGGCUACUCUGCUGCUUGCAAUGCUGCCCUGUCUGAUAUGGCCUUGUCUGGUCUGGUCUGGUCUGGUCUUGAUCUAGUAUUCAGAGCUUGAUGUCUCUGCUUCACCUUAACAACCUCCAGAGCCUCUCUAUGAUUCGUUUCUUCUUUUUCUUUUCAUUUGAAAGUUUCCUAAUCUCUUCCUGCUCUGUGUAUGAUCUUGUUUUUCCUGUGUGGUGGUUCCCUUGCCUGUAUAGGCUUUGUGUGUAUUUAAAUACAAAUAUAUUAUUAUCCUGCUCACAGCUAGAUCAGGGCAGGUAGGCGGGUUGAGUGAUGGACCUGUGGGUUGGGGAUGUGUGCUCUGACACAAGCGACUAGCUUUAGUUGUGAAAGCAUUAUUACUAUUUUUUUAUUUUGCUCUGUGUCGUUCUGUUUGCUUCACUCUGGCAACACUUUUCCUUUGUAAACUAACGAUCAAUCCUUUCCUGGUUGACAAAACUUCAGCUUCUUCUAAUGUUGCGUUGAAGGAGCACUUUUGUGCAUUUGUCUGCUAGUUUGAGAGCCUUGUGAGCAGGGUCAGAAUCUGAUGAGGCGUGAGUUAUUUACAAUAGCAGCCUUGUCAGGGCUUCAGAUUUAUGAUCAUUGUAAAGUGUGUGCGGCGUUUCCAAGCCAAAUGGUUUUAUUUAAGGAUAACAAGCACCUUACCGAUGGUGUUAUGGAGAAUUUUGUUACAUGCUUGCAGCCAACACACUUCUCACAGAGCUCACUUUGCAGUAAACCUCACUAGUAGAUAAAGUUUCUUCCGACUGACAGUCAAAGUCAAACUGAACCUCUCGUAACAGUAUCAUUGCAUUUUGAUUUGUAGUGAGCAGGUUGGAAAUCUGCAUUUAUUUUUUCUAUUGUCAGGAUGAAUAUAGCUGUCUUUGCUUUAGUCUAGAGGUCAACACUUUUCAGCAAUGGUCUCAGAGUCCCUUCGUAUAACAGUUAAGUCAUCAAGUCAAAGAAAAGAACAGGGGCGAGUGCAUUAUAAUAUGAAGGGCUCUGACAUUAGAAAUUCAUCUGUGUGUUAUUUCAAGAGAAAACCGGUUUUGAUUCCAGGAGUCAUCUCUAACUAUUUCAAAAAUCGUGGAAUGGCCAUGUUAAAACAAAACCAGUUGUGGGCGCAGAUUCUGCCAGCAGUGUUGAAGGCAGGAGCGAGUUCCUCUCAGCUCUGGGGUAAAACAUUUCAUGAUUAAGAACAGGGAAAAGAGGAGGAUGAACUGAAUGUAACUUAAGUCUCAUUCUCAGUUGGCCAGUCCAUUUUUCCUUUUUAUAUUGAAGGCUUACUGUAUAGCUAUAUUUGCCACAGAAAACUGGCAGAAGCAUAUCUUGCCAUAACAGUCACAGCUGCUGAUAUACGUGUUAUGACAUUGUGGGUUCCACUGCCAGCGAGGACUGGUUCUAUUUUCAAUAGGUGGCACCUACUGCACAACAAGGUUUUAGGUCACGUGGCGUAUUUCUGCGGUGAAUUCUUUCUCUGUCAGUCUCAGGUAGGCUUUGAACAUCACUCUGACCAGGACAGUGGCGGUGAUGAUUUUGAGUAGGUUGUGUGAAACAAUCAGUGUGAGUCGUAUUGUUGUUGUUUUUUCCUCUUGAGUCACAGUUGCCUUUGAAACAGCCCUUGUUUUGAGGAUACAGUUCUUGUUAUUGUUGUUGUGAAUGAUGUUGUUUGUCUUGCCAUCUGAUUAAGCCUCCACCUUGGUUUGGGGGGGUGGGGUCAGCAAACCUUAUCAUACAUUUGUUUUUAAAGAUUAAGGUUGAUAAUGACUUGAGAGUGUUAAGAGUGGCAAAACCAAUCUGCUUGUUGCACAUGUUUAAAAUCUUUGGGAGAUGUUGGGAGCGCUGGAGCGGGGAAAAAAAUCAAUGCUGGUAAUGGAGCUUAACCUGCUGGGCCCAAUAAAUGUCUGAACUGAAUGUAGUCCACUAUCUGAGGUGAAAUGUCCUGCACAGUGAAUUCUGUCUGGCUUAGAAACCGGCCAAUCCCUCUUAAUGAAGGCCUCACUUUGAUUGGAUCCUAGUUGCAUUUAUUGCCCAACAUUUAAGAGAACAACUUUACCCAAAUUGCUGAAGGAAUGUCUCUGACCUUGUGUUGUUGAGUCUCUCUGGAAGUACAUGUUCAGGACCCAAGCCAGCAUUACCAACCAAAUAGUUCUUAAGACCUUAUGGUGAGUGCGACAUGGGCCAGGUGUGGCAGCUUUGACAGCAUCCUGUUAAAGCCUUGGUUUACAAAGUAACCUGCAAUGGACUGAAAUGGAACCAGAGGUGUUUGACAGCAUGGGUUCAGAAUGACUUGGUCUUUGGUUGUGUUCCAGAAGUUUGCUCCUCUUGAUGGUUUAGCCUGGAUAAUCUAGUCCUUGGUCCAUAUCUCAGGAUAAAUGCACUUUGGCACCAGGAGUUUCUUUCUAAGGCUGUCUGUGGCUGUAUACGGGACUGUGCACUCAGAGGGGACGGCAAUACCAACAGAACACAUCCAGACCAAAAUGAGUCGGCUUUUAUCUUACCUUUCUCCCCCCUCCCCCUUUUCAUCUCCUUUUUUUUAAGCGCUCGGCUUUGCUUCUUUGUGCGAGAAUACGAUGUUACAGGUGUGUACCAUCAGUUAGAAUCACCUGAUAUGGAGAGAAACUUUACAGCGGUUCAUAAGAGAAUGUAACCUCAAAGCUGAGCAAGCAUAUUUUUACAAACACAGAUUUUAAUACACUGAUUUUACAAACUCCUCGCUCACAGUUUAUUUGUGCUUCCUCUACCACUUCCUGUUUUCUCAUUAUGGGCUCCAGCGCUGAAUUCUCUGAGCGCUUCAACCGUGUGUGCUCAGCAUAAAAAAAAGAGAGGCUGCGGUUUCUCUCCAAGUUCAGCUAGAGUGAUAUUAUAUUCACAUUUAAUUAUAUUAUUCCCCUUUUUUCUCCAUUACAGUGACAAAAGUCCCCUUCCUAUAUGUGUCAGUAUGAAAAAGCGUUGUUUUUAUGUUCUGUGAGAAAUAUAAUCGUGUUUCCUUUUUCCAUUUCGGCAACAAAACCAUCAAGAGAAAGAUUGACAACGUGUUCCAGAGUGCAGACAAGAACCAUGUUCUUUAUUCUAGCCUUUGUUUCUUUACUAAAGCUCGUCAAAGUCUUAGUGAAGAUAGUUGAGGAAGAAGUUUGACAGAUAAGACAAAGUUCUGCCAGUGAGGCCAUGCUGGCACUAGAAAACUGUGUUGAUAACAAUGAUCACCAUAUGGCAUAUAGCACGAUAUCAGAGGAAUAAUGACCUAGCCCUGAUCCCUUUGUGUCAACACCAAUUGAGCCAUCUUGUGCCUGAAAGCUUCGGAAGUCUCACUGCUUUUCAGACCUCUGCUCUCCCGAGUUAUUAGCCUUGUGUUGUCCGUAGCCGUUGCCGUGAUUGUUGGUUUACUCUUUAGGAAGGCAGCAUCAGAAGUUCCAGAAGCUUCAGCACAUUUUUCAGCACACACACACUUUUUAAUUUCUCUUUGAGCGUGCCUGUAUCUUCUGUACAAGUUUCAUGUUAGCUGUCAAAAAUAUAUAUCCAGUAGAAAUUAAUAAGAUAGUGUGAAUGUGUGUGCAAACAAGAUCUCUGCAGUUCAGCCAUCAUAUAUUUUCUGAAUGCGUGUGUGUGUGUGUAUUUGAAGGGGCGGUGGGUGGGUGGGGGGGCUUGCUCAUGUUCAGCAGUGUCGUCUUAUAAUCCUACUGCAGCAGGAAACAGGAACUGAAAUCGUUCGUUCUCAGGGUACAAUCGGAGGGAAAGUUACAAUAGCUCAGGCCUCAAGCUCACUCCUAUGAGUGUAAGGAGUCACUGGAUCUGUUCUCCUCCCUCGAUGUGUUUAUAAGCUGCCAAAGACCACAGUGGAACAAACUGAACCCAGACACAAGUCUAUCUGAAGUGCCCAUGUACGCACACACUGGCAGGAGGCUGGUCCAGUGUUCUCUCCUACUCCACACCUCCUUACUUUUCUCUUCUCUUAACUCUCCACUCUUGGUUUCUUCCAUUCUUCUGAGGACUCUGUUUUUUGUGCUCCCUUUGUGACACUGAGGACCACACUGUGCUGGAGCAGCUCAAAACAUCAACAUCUUUGUUCUGUGCCCGAUGUGAGGCCAGAGUUGUGUAAGCGGUUGUUGUUCAGAAAUGCACGAUUUCUAACAGGCUGUAUCGUGUGUGUUUCACAGAGACACAGAAAUGAUAUCUAAGGAGGAGAAGCAGCCUUGUUACACAACUCGUAAAAUGUGGUUUAAGCCCUCGCAGCAAACGGCAAAAGGCCACUCUAGCCCAGUGCAGUGUGCUCCUGCAGUGUGACAGAGGCUUCAGCAGGGAGCCAGUUCGACAGGAACAUAUUCCUCCUUCUUCUUUCUCUUCCUUUCAUCACCUGUUUCACUGUGAGGAGUGAAUGAAUGUACAACUUAAAGAGGAGGAGGACGAGGAGUUCAAACUCAGAACACACAGUCAGGGACUAAACACUCCCACAGAUGCUUCCAGAAGCUAUUUUGUGACAGAUCGUAGCUUCCCAGUGAGGUCAGUGUGCCUGAUCUGACAUGUUGUAUUCGAAGCCUGCGGCCGAGGUCAGACAUAACGGGAGGUGUUUUUGUCCCGGGCUUUUGAGCUCAAGAGAGAUCGACUGCUAGAGAACAGGACAUUCCACAUGGGGGUCGCUCAGGCUGUCUGAUUCAAACCGUUUACUACCAAGCGUCUGCAUGAAAAUUGGACUCAAUAUAAAUAUAUACUAUAUUUUUUUUACUUUGGAUGAGUCAGUCAAUCGUUGAAGGGAUCAGGAAUGCAGCUAGCGUUGACGAGUCACACCGGAUUACCAGCUGGUCUGCAGAGUGGAGGUGUGAUACCAUUUUAGAGGUGCUAGUUAAAGUGUGUCACCGCGACGGAGGUCGACCGUGUUUCAAACGAUCGUUUCAACUUUCGCUUUUCUUUGAUUUUUUUAAGCAUGCUGAGGCCGUUUCGGAGGGGGGGUAGUGUCUGGUUACACUAGAGGCCACAAGUAAACCAACUUACACUGACUGUGCUAUGUAUAAGGUCAAACUACUCUCAGUAUGAAAUCAGUUGGAUUCAACCUCUCUCAAUCUCACAGGUUGAAGAUCAUCUCAGUGCAACGACAGGAAGUGAGUCUGCAGUCACAAUACACGCACAAAUAUACAAGUCACAGUACAUGAUCGCGGAGGGAAACACAGGGGCAACUAAAGUCUGGCUUGUUUGUAUUCUACAUGAAGACAGAUGUUUGUGUAUGAUGACACCACGCUGUGUAUACAGAGAGACUAAGUGACACACAGCUAGCAGAGCCUUACUUUAUACGAGUUCAGCCAUGACAGUGAACGCUCUGCAGGGAGGAUGUGGUGUCAGUGUUACAUAACCUGUAAUAACUUCACAACGAUGUGAUGCAGCCAGUUCAGUUUGCCCUUUGACCUGUCAUAUGUUACCUUUUAUGUUUUUUUUGUGCACUUUUUACACAUUCAUGGAGAAAUCCUGGAAGACAGCAGGACCAGGGCCUCUGUGGCCUGAUGAACUGAAUUCACAGAGCUGGCCUCUUAUGUGGUCUUUCUGAGACAGUUGGCUUUGACAGCUUAUCGGACUGUUGUGAUCGCAGAACUGUAGAUGUGCAAACAAAUGACGGAGUUCAACACCUCUUUGCUAAUUGCCAAUACUAAUACCAUUGACAUGAACUGAAUGGCGAGUGUGUUAUUUUAGUACCAAAGCAGCAGACUGUGUCAGAUCUGCAUCAGUCUGAACACAGGCUCAGAGCCAUAGGCAGGUAGACUCUCAUAUCCACUUUGAUAUCUGCUCAGACUCAAGGCCAUCUCCAGAGUUUUAAAGUCAUCUCUCAGGAUGUUAGCAUCGUUAAAAAGCUGCAGUGAAACAAAGUCUGAUGGUUCUGGGCCUUUAACCUUCCUUAACGAGUUUUAGGGAAGUCUCGUGUUUCUGAAGGGAUCACCAUGAAGAGACAGGGUUUCCUCAUCACAAUGUGACAUUUUAAACACUUCCUGUUUGUUUUAUUUUGUAUCUUAAUGCUAAGACCAUAGACUACUACCAGAACAUGCAAGACUCUGAAUAGGCACACACAGGGCUGGACUCGUGCAUCAACGUGAAGAGUUUGAUUUAACAUCCUGAUUUAUAUCACGUCUGUUACUUGGGGAAAUACACUGGAGGUGCAGAAACACUGGUAUGAAAAUCAAUCCUGUGUAACAGAUAUAGAUGAUGUGCAUGAGGCUCCAUAUAAUCUCAGUGAAGGGGAGGUUCACACAGAGCAGGGCCUUUGGUGUUAACUCCACCAAGAGCUUCACAGAAGGUUUGGAUUCUCCAGGUUUUCAUUUCAGCCACAGCUGGCACUGAAUCGGUCCGGUUUGAUCUCACUAUGGCGGGGAUACGAGGGUUACUAUUGUGUUCGUGCUAUAUUAUAUUUCAGCAGAAGAAACAGCAAAAUGGCGCUAAUUGCAUGACCUGGCCAAACUCUGUCGGUACCUUUUGAGUGUUGGUGUAGCGCCUCGCUAUAUCAAGGACCUGAUAGAUAUUCAUGCUCAGUGUCAGCCAACUAUCUUCAUUUAGGUCUCAUAGACUGUGGCUCUUAUGUUUCUGGCUGCGAGACAAAGUCUGUCUUGUCAAGUCUGGAGAGCCAAACCUCCUAAUUAGCCAGGCAGGCAGGCCUGCUGCCCAGUCCAGCCUCACAACUAUGCAAGAAGAAUGCAUAUAAUCCACCCUUUCUUUUUUUUUUUCCUGUUUUUAUAUUUCCUUUUUCUCGCUGCCACGCAGUAGAAAUGAAGUCGUAAACUAAUAAGAACUUGCAAUGACAAUACUUGGCCUUAUGAUGAUUUCUGAAUAUCAUUUUGUUUUAAGAUCUUUUGAUUCUGGUAAGCCAGCCAAGCAACAGCAGCGGUGACGGCAGGCUCACUCUUGGUCUCUGUGAGACUGGCUAGACGGCCCCUAGUUUUAUCGUGGUACGAAUGUUGUGCAUUUGUUUAAAAUCAGGACAGUUUGCAAUAACAGCAGUCUUACUCGUGGCCACAAAGGGGCACAAGCAGUGCUGACAGCGCCCGGCUGCGUCUUUAGAAAACCAUAGAAGAAGAGAUAUAAGAUAUAUAAAUAGAUAUAUAAACUCACACAGUGCAUACUUGUAAAGGUAUCAACAAAUGCAUUUCCGUGGUAUACUCUUAUGCAACACAUGUCCGGGUUCAAUUUAUGAACAUGAAGUAUAUUAUAGAAUCACAGACUUUGUAAAUCAGAAGCUAUGUUGUUGUGUGUUUUCUGCGAAAAUGGUUUUACCAUCCUUAAUGUUGAAUAUUCUGAGCGUUAUGUUCCUGUGUGACUGUGUUUGUUAAAGUGAGCACAUAGCAGUGGGUUUUACCUUCUUCCUGUAAGCAAGGAACCAGACGGAACCAAAAACACAGCUGGACCAGGUUUCACGUAACAGGGAGAUAUUUUAAAUACAGCACAUUUCACGGGUAUCUUAAAACCAAGCUUUUACAAAUGUAGUCUCUAACUUGACUUCAUUCUUUCUGCGUUAUUUAAAUACCUCUGGAUGGAUUCAGAUACAUCCACUGUAACAUUUUAAAACCCAGAUAACAAACAGGUUGACUGAUGACCGGCCUUUACCAGCAGAGAAACGUUUCCACCCUACACGCCCUCCUGUCGUCCGUCUAACAAAGCUUUGGUUAAUAACUGACUGAAAUUUUAUCCAACCCUCACUUGAAACUCCUCCAGCUGUUUCUUUGGUUCAGUCUGCGGGGAACGAGUCCUCUCCAGCCGAGGGGACAGAUUUUAUUAGAGAACAGUGUUGAUCCGUGGUUCUGUUGAUGAGAAAAUGGAGGAAAUGUUACAAAGCUCCAUGUACAACCUCCUGAUUGACGGAUAGCGUACACUUUAGGGGUCAACCUUCUGAAUGCUGAUUUGAAUUAAUGUUGAAUGAAUGCCUCUCUUCUUUUAGUCAGUGAAUAAAAGCAUUAAAAAGUC